CAAAGUUUGUGUGUCUGGGUGACAUCGGCUCGUCGGUGUUUGGAGAGCCGGCCGCUGCAAUGAUCUGCCCGGAGAUUCGUACCAGGCUUGAACACCACCUGCCAGAGGCAGAUGCAGGCAAUCUAUCACAGGCAAAGAGGCUCUGCUGCAGCCCGACUCCGCGGAUACCAUUGUCUCUGGAAAACCCGCCGUCUGCGCUGUUUAAACCGGCUCCAGAAACCGACGGGGAGGGCCCUGCUGCCAGCCAGACCGAUCACCGCGCCGCACCGCCCACUAUCGCGGGCACUCCGUUCCUCAACAACAUGGAGGCAUGUUGGAACCACGAGUCUUUAUGGCAAGCACUGCGGAUCCAGCAGCUGUGCAUCCCAGCAAUGCCAUUUGCCGGGCCAACCACACGUGCGCUUAGCCCACCAGCCGACCCGCGAUUUGCUGUGCCUAUGAGCGUGUCGAACAAGGUGCCGACUGAGUCCCGUGGAAUGUCCAAAAACAGCAAGUACAUGGGAUUGGAUGCAGACGCCGAAGCGUCGGCUGGCGCGGUGAAACAGGCUCCUCAGCAACGUAUAAUGCCUGCCGUGCUGCAUGCUGGGGGCCCUAAUGGAGUUCCAAUGGCCUGUUCUGGGGCCGAUGAUCUCUACGGCGUGCUGCGAGAUUCGUCUGCGCAGCUGAUGCCAAGCGAGGCGAUUAUGAACCAGAUAUAUGGCA